AACCAUGACGACCAAGUUUUAUUUAUACUGAUCUCCAGCAGGAAUACUAGAUACUUAAUUUUAUAUCAUUAUUCCUUGAUUUUUCUGGCUUAAGUUUCGUCACAAAAUUUAUUAGCAUAAAAGAAUGAAGUUUCAGUAAGAUUAAUAUUGUGAAUGCAAAAGAAUUUUAACCAAACAAAACAUGACUUAUAAAUUAUCUUCAGAUAAUGUGGCAUAUCAAUUACGACGAGGCCAAAAAGAUUUAUUAGGGCCACCGAUUUCAAGCAAGAAGGAUUGUUUCAAUAAAGAAAUUUUGAUAACAACUCAUCGUGCUGAUUUUAAGGCACCACCCAAGCUUCCACCUCCAGAAGUUGGAAAGAAACGCCAACUAAUGGAACGAUAUCUGUUCGAAAAGAUCAGUCGAGAUAUAGCUCAGCAGGAGUUCCGUCCAGCAUCUCCACCCAAUUACCUUUCCACCACCCACGAGCAUUUUGAUGUACCUGGAUUUGAUCCUGAUGCUGGCCUCAGACCUACUUUUGAAUAUUCAUUGUAUCUUGAUCCGACUAUAACUUAUUGGUCUGAAAACAAACGAAACAUUCACGGAGUAACAGUAUCGAACAAUCCAACACCGAAUUUCAACUAUUCUUCAAGAUUCAGUAAGCCAGUAGGAGAACGCUGGGUGAAUGCAUUAACACAUGACGUUAAUUCAGGUUACGAUCCUUAAAUACAAGUAUUAAAAAAAGAAAAAAAUUUCGGUUUGUUUUGAG